AUGGCCAGCACAACCCCUGACGUCGCGGAUGUCAAGUCACGCAAGAGCGAUGUCGAAAAUCUCGAGGAAGAUCUUCAGAAACCUCAUUUUGAGAAUCAAGGCGUUCAGCAGGAGUUCCCAGAGAUCUACCUCGAGGCUUUGGCACGAUACCCAAACGACGAGUCCAUUGACCAGGCCGAGGAAAGCCGUCUUUUACGCAAGCUAGACAUGAGAAUCUUGCCCCUUCUAGGAAUCUGCUAUUUUUUCUACUACGUUGACAAGACCACACUAUCCUACGCUGCCAUCUUCGGCUUGAAGGAUGGCCUCAACCUGAAAGGUGAAGAAUACUCUUGGCUUUCUAGCUGCUUCUAUUUUGGUUGGCUCAUCUGGGCUAUCCCAUCCAACCUAAUCAUGCAGCGCUGCCGGCCAGCAUGGUACCUUUCUUUCAACAUUUUCAUGUGGGGAGCCCUCCUCAUGGCACAGGCCGCGGCCAGGAAUUUUGGUGGCCUUCUCUCUCUCCGCGUCCUGUCUGGCGCUUUCGAGGCAAUUGCGGAUCCCGCUUUUAUGUUGAUCACAUCGAUGUACUACACACGUUCCGAGCAGCCCUCUCGUAUCUCGGCAUGGUAUGCUUGGAACGGCAUCGGAGUCGGUGGAGGUGGUCUUAUUGGCUACGGUAUUGGGCACAUCAAAGGAGCUCUCGAAUCAUGGCGCUACGAAUUCCUCCUCGUCGGCGCUUUUUGCUCCUUCUGGGCCAUCAUUCUCGCUCUUUGCCUCCCCAACUCUCCGCGAACCAUUUGGGGUUUCAGCCACGAAGAAAAGCUCAUCGUGAUCGCCCGCAUGCGUCGCAACCAGACGGGCAUUGAGCAACGUCGGAUCAACUGGGGCCAAAUCAAGGAGGCAUACAUGGACUAUAAGACUUGGCUUUUCACCUUGCUAGGCUUUGUCUCCAACGUCCCCAACGGGGGCAUUUCCAACUUUUCCACCCUUGUCAUCAAGGGUCUUGGUUUCGGGACAUUAGAGACGGCGCUGCUUGGCAUCCCACAGGGUGCUCUUGUCGUCAUCUGGAUUGGUCUUGGUGCCUUGGCGAACAGAUAUAUGCCAGCCAACAGUCGCACACUCGUAUGUGCCAUGUUCAUGUUUCCGACGAUUGGUGGUGCCCUGGGAUUCCUUCUUGCUCCCGCCAAUGCCUACAUCGGUCGUCUGAUAUGCUUCUACCUCACCGGUUCAUACCAAGCAUCCUUUGUCAUCUCCCUGUCGCUUAUAACCUCCAACACUGGUGGUCAGUCAAAGAAGAUGAUUGUCUCUGGCAUGAUUUGGUUCGGCGCUUGCAUCGGCAAUAUCGCGAGUCCCUUCUUCUACAAGACGAACCAGGCUCCCUCGUACCAUCUUGGCAUUGGUUCACUCCUGGUUGCCAACUGCAUUGAGCUUGCCCUCUUUUUUGUCCUUCGAUAUGCUUUCAUCUGGGAGAACACGCGCAAGGAGAAGCAAAGAGAAGCGAUACGCGCAACUGGCAACUAUGCUGCGGAGGAGCUCAACGCCACAGCUUUUACAGACAUGACUGACAAGGAGAACCCCAACUUUGUUUAUGUAUACUAG